AUGACGUUUAGCGAUGGUCAUUUAGAUUUACUCGUGAGCCAAGUAAUCUAUUCGUAUUUGCCUGCUGUCUCAUUUUCAGAUAUCGACGAAUGUCACACUUUAUUACCAAGACCUUGCAGUUGUGGGGUUCCUGGAGAGCCUUGUGGUGCAAACUGUGUCAACCUCGUUCCUGGUUACAAGUGCACCUGCGCACCAGGAUUUCAGCUCCGAAGUGGUGGAACCAUCUGUGAUGAUGUCAACGAAUGUUUAGCAGCCAAUGGAGGAUGCCCUCAAACAUGCCAUAAUCAACCCGGAAAGUUUUCAUGCGGCUGCUUUAAUGGCUUCAAACUUAUUAGAGGGAACAACGGUACUUACUGCGAAGAUAUUGACGAAUGCCUGUCAAAUAAUGGUUUCUGUACCCACCAGUGCGUUAACACUGUGGGAUCUUAUCGCUGUGAAUGCCCCGCUGGGUUCCUCUUGGAUUCAAAUGGAAGAUCUUGCUCGGAUCAUGAUGAAUGUUUGCUGGGACAUCAUGGCUGCCAGCAAAAGUGUAACAAUUACCAUGGAGGCUUCUACUGCUCUUGCAACUUGGGAUAUGAACUCAACAAAGACAACAAAACUUGUUCAGAUGUAGACGAAUGCACCCCUGUGUUCGUAAAGAGCCUUAACAAAACGGUCAUCUCAGCAAGAUGUGAUCAAAUCUGUCACAACACACAAGGGAACUACACCUGCAGCUGCGACCUGGGAUAUCAGCUUCUGUACGAUGGAAAGCGGUGCCGGGAUGUGAAUGAAUGUAAUACAGGAGUCCACCUUUGUGAACACAAGUGCCACAAUACACAUGGGUCAUAUGGCUGCUCAUGUUUUCAUGGCUACAGACAAAGGGCCGACAUGCGAACCUGUGAAGGACUUCCAUGUGAGGACAUCUUUGCCCCACCUCAUGGUCACAUGACCUGCAGCGGAUUUGUCACAAAUGAGACCUGUUGGUUCACGUGCGAGGAUGGAUAUGAAAUACAAGGUUCUGGAAAGAAAACUUGCCUCAGUUCUUCAAAGUGGGACGGACAGCAAACGUCUUGCAAAGUGAGAAGUUGUGGUCGACUAUAUCCACCAGAGAAAGGCAUAGUUUUACUUCCAUGUCACACGACGUUUGGUUCCACGUGCACACUUGACUGUACAGAAGGAUACGUUGCAUCUGGCCGCAACGUUGCAACGUGCCGGCUGACUAACUCCAGCGACGUAGCAUGGAACAUAGGAAACUUUACGUGUGAAGAGAUAAUCCUUUGCAAACCCAAUCCCUGUCGGCACGGAGGAAGAUGCAUCGUCAUCGAUUCACAAAAGUUUUCAUGUGAUUGUCAGAAUACUGGAUAUGAAGGGGAUCUCUGUGAAGGAGGUGUUGUUACACCUCCUGAUUUCCCAAAACUGAUUCCCGGAAGGCUUUCGGAAGAUCUUUCAUUACUUGCGAAACCUAACAACGUAUUGACUGUUCUCUUCGAUGCAACCCUGAAAAUGACCUUCCAUCCGAAGAGGGUGAUGAUUCAGUAUCCAUCAGAUCAAGCGGAGUUUAAAGUUAUUGGACACGAGUCUGGAGUUGGUAUGGUGUCAUAUGACCUCAGUGGGAUAGACAAGCAUACUUUUGUGUCUCCCACGAAUAGCCCAAUCUUUGUUGGUCAUAACAUAUCAAAUGCAAACAGCAUUUACACCAGACUGGGGCUUUUAAAUGGCGAGGUACCAAUCGGAUGCCGAACGAAGAACCUAGAGAACUUCCCAUGCGGGCUGAAAGUAGCCUAUAGCCCCUCCUCGACCCUACCAAAUGAUGUUCUCGUCCAGUCAGGGCCUGUUCACAUCAUUACAUCCGACAACAAAACAAUUCCUUUGAGUCUUGUGGGAUACAAUUUCUCUUUUCCUCAUCAAUCAGGUCAAGAAUCAGAGUUGCUGAAAAUACUUAUCGCCCAGACAAGCUCUACCAAUACGAGCUCAGCAGGCCAAACAUCGAACGAAAUGUGCUCCUUUCAGCCAACCACAGAAGCCUUGAUUGAAUUAAUUCAGGAAGACGCUUUUCCAAAGUCUUUCAUGCGAUACUUGACAGACAGGCUACCAUUAUGGAUACGACUUAUGGUUAAAGACGACAACAAUUUAUUUGCCGCAGAAAACACUCGAGCCGACCUCAUUCAGAUCACAAGCACGCAAAGUGACUACCUGAAUUGCAAGUUUCCUCCUCUUGGUAUCCCCAAUGCAAUGGUCACAUAUCGUCCGAAAGUCACUUUCACUAUCUCCGCUGGGAGGAAACAAAUUUCCCUGCCCAGCAAAGGCUGUUGUUUUGCAACCGACCCUUGCGGUAGUGCAGUGUUCCUGACAUUAUCCGAAAAGGCUGGUAAAGAAAUUAGCAAAAUGCCCGUUUUGAAGGACCUGACUUAUAAUGGCUGGGGUGUCUUGUUAUCAUCUUUUGGUUUCACCGCUCCAAAAAAGUACCAAAACUUAACGAACUCCUUGCCUUCUGAUCCAAUGGCUGAACACUUUUCAGAUUUUCAUUAUAAUAUGUGGUGGAAAGGAACUACUAACAUUUCCCUAAAAAACACAAGUGACUUUACAAUCAACAUGAAAAUGAGUGGCCAAGUGUUCUCAUUUGUAGAAGAUUUGAACGGCGUG